AGCAGUUUGAGAUUUGGCGAAUACGAGCCGUGCCGCAAUUGUUGAUUUAGCCACACCCUCAUCGUCACAUUUACUGCAAUUACAAAAAAAAUAUAGUAUAAACAUGGCAUUGACAGGUUGUAGAUGGUUUCUCUUCUGCGUAAUGGAUGUGUGCUGUGCUUUUGACUCAUUUUAAUGUCAUCAUUUUUAUUUGGGGUGCCGCCUUUAUUUUUUCCCCUCAUCAUCUGUUCGUGUUUUUUUUUGUUUGUUUGUCCGUUAGUUGGUUGUUGUUUUGCUCACUUAACUUUACUUGCUCACCUCUCCCCUCUCACUUUUACUCUCACUCUCACACCUCUCACUCAUUCACCCUCACUCUUACUCUCACCCUCACUCUCACCCUCACUCUCACUCUUACUCUCCCGCCAUCUUACAUCCCUCAUCUUUUUUACCUUCAUCACCCUUCGCCAACUCUCCCACUUCCUCCAGGAACGAUACACACAGUACUUAUGGCCUGACCCUCUUCCCUUCCAAUUCCUUUCGCCUUUGCCUUAAGACUCACAUUCCAUACACGAAACGACCCCAUUUUGCUUGUUGAGUUGCAAU